AUGGAUGUCCCGCCAAGUCCUCCAGACAAAGAUCUCCCACCACUGCCCGCGGCAGCCGUGGUGAGUCUGAGUAUUCUCAGCAGUCCGUAUGAACCGCCAAAAAGGCCAUUGCCUCCGACGCCGACGCCGACGGUGAAGUCAAAGAGGACUACCAGCAUACCACAACCACCACCUCCAACAAAAGCACCUCCCAUCAAGCAGCCGUCUCCGCUUUCCUUGAGCCCUCCCACAAGGCCCGGCACAGCUGCCACUGAGACUUCGCAGUUGACUGCCUCUGUUCGAUUCCCUGGCUCGACGAAAAGACUGUCGUGGAAUUCAAUCGCCUUGAAGAGACCCAUCAAGUAUGGCAAGGGAAAGUAUAGCAACGUGGAACUGGUUCCACAACCGAGUGAUGACCCUGAUGACCCUCUGGCACGUACCACUGGUUCGAGCGUGAUGAAGACCAUCUUUAUGACCGUGAAUGGACCGCUUUCCACGAGCUUUGGUGUUUCGUACUCAGCCGCUGCCUGCCUUACUGGAGUACCACUCAUUCUGUCAGCCAUUUCGGGUUUUAUUUGUCUUGUAGCCUCGAGGAUAUGCGGUAAGAGGCCACUGUAUCUGGCCUCCUUGCUGCUGGUGUUCAUUGGUGCUGUUUGGAAUACCAACGUUGAACGCAGCUAUGGCCAGUGUAUGGCUGCCCGUGUCUUUCAGGGACUAGGAUGGGGAGCUUUUGAUACCCUUGUUUUGGGGUCGAUUCAAGACACUUAUUUUGAACAUGAGCGCGGCUUGCGAAUCGCCAUCUACAGCGUCGUUACUGUAACGACGACAUGGGGUCCUCCGUUGAUCGGGGGUGUUGCCUCAGAGACCAGGGAAGGCUUUAGCCUUCAGUUUAUGAUCUUGAGCGCAUUUUUUGUGAUUGCUGUCCCUGCAAUUGCCCUGGGUGCCCCAGAAACAAGUUUCGACCGAGCAUUCGCUGCAGCCCAGGUUCCCGGGACGGCGGCUAGCACAUAUCAAUACCAACCCUCUCUUCCGGCAAGCCCGCGACGCUUCUUUUCGCUUGAAACAUUCAACAACUAUAUCGUAAAGUUGAAGCCGUACGCUUAUAGCGGUCCGGCAGACUUGAGGACCCUCCUCCAGGUUCCCCGUGCUGCGAUAACACCCACUGUUGCCCUCAUCACUCUAGUGACUUUUCUGCCAUUCGCUGCUCUGUGGGGCCUGGGAACAUCUUUCUCCCUUCUACUCUCUCCCUCCCCUCUCAACAUCUCUCCUUCGACAAUUGGGACGCUGUUCACAAGCCCGUGGAUUCUGUCGAUCACCGUCGUCACUGUGGCAUCAGUGCUGCAACUCCUUCCCUCUCACUUCUUCAAAAAGCUCAACUCCCCCAUCACACUAAACAUUACCCUGCGUUGGACGCCAACAGCCAACAUCCUCGCUAUUGCCGCGGGCACCCUGCUGACCUUCAUCGGCGUUCUGACCCUGGGUCUGUACCUCAACUCCGCGAUGGCCUUCUUCAACUUCCUCCUCGAGCCCUCCGAAUCUGACCUGUCGCCCAAGGUCAACCUCGCCGCCGUCUCCUUCCUCUUCGGUCUGCUCGCCGCUGGCGCCUACCUCCUCGCUUCAACUACCGCCCCGCUCAUCGCCUCCAGCACGGCCUUCACCUCCUCCAGCCUAGCCAGCGCUACCCGCAACACUGCUGACAUGACCGGCGCCGUAGUCUGCUACCGCUCGCUUGUGUCAGGCAUUUUUGCUAUGGCUGUGCCGAAGGCGCUGCUCAACAACGUUUCUUCGUUGUUGGCUGAGGGGGCCCAGGUGAUGACGUUCUCGCCGUCUUGGAGUGCAGUUAAGAGUUUCGGUCUUGGCGUUGCUAUCGCUCAGUUGUUGAUCGGGGUGAUUGUCGCGGUCGUAUGGUGGGUGUGGGGCGGGAGCAGCAAGCCUGGGGAGGAAGGGAAGCCUGGGGAAGUGAAGAAGUGGGAUGGGAAGGUGAUGAAACUUGUCGGAGGAGAUGUCUUGCUGGGUGGGCUUGAGAGAAAAGGGAGCUUCUUUGAAUUGGAUUAA